CACAGUACAGGAGAUGACCAGAGACUGCAGACACAGUACAGGAGAUGACCAGAGACUGCGGACAUAGUACAGGAGAUGACCAGAGACUGCGGACAUAGUACAGGAGAUGACCAGAGACUGUGGACAUAGUACAGGAGAUGACCAUAGACUGUGGACAUAGGGGGAGCGGGUACCCAAAUUUUGACAGGUACCCGCUCCCACUUCCACGGAGUUGUCCUCCCUCCCCAUCUUUUGGGACACGUGACAGGUCCCAGAAGACUGCCGGACCAUUCGCAAAGCGCAGCCCUUCUUGUGCUUGCGCACUGUCCACACAAAAGAUGCCGGCGCCAGGGAGAAAAGACAGUGAAGACACCGCCGGACCAAGGAACAGGUAGGACCCAGGAGCAGGU